GCGUACGGCCUUCGACAGAGCGGCCUUGCGAGAACUUCGAGAACUGCGCCUUCGAAUGGGCAUGCCCACUCGGAGGGCCCUCUGGCGACUUGGAAUGUCACGUGCAGAUCCUCCUGCUUGUGGGCAUUAUACUUGCUGGGCUGCUCGCCCUUUGGUGCUGCUGCUGCCUCGCCUAUCGUUUUGCUCGUGCCUUCAGGCCCAUCGCAGGUCAGUUGAAGCUGAUGACCCCAAAGGGGGAUGCCAUGCAGGUCAAUUUCUACAUCGUCGAGGAGAGCGAGGCCCGUGUGGACAAGACAAGGACUACCCAAACACAGGACUCAUCAGCGACUGCCUCGAACGCGUUUCUGGGGAGAGCAUUGUCGAAAGUGAGCAGCAGAACUUCGCAGAAGGAAGUCAAGUCUCACGUGGUCUGGGAUGUGGAUGUCGAAAAGGCCAAAACGAUGGAGUUCCACGGGGGCAAGAUGACGAAGCUUCAGAAGAUGACAGGAGCUAACCCAUCACAGCACGAAGUUCUCCAGCGCCUUCCUGAAGUACUCGACAUGACGCAGCAGGAUCAGUACAGGACGAAGCAGAUGCUGCGCGAGCAGGAGGAGGAAGCGAUCAGAAGAGCCGAAACGACUGCUCACACGGAAGAGGAGCGCCCCGUGGCGAAGAUCAUGUCAGUAAAGAGUGGCAUUUCAGCUUCGCAGAUGGAGGCAGCACUUGGCAUUGGACCUUACAUGAAGGAAGAACGAGUGGAGUACUGGUCAGCCACGCACUGCAAGUGGGUGGCAGCAUUCGCGGAAGCUCAUGGCUCCCAUCCCAGCACAGGCUCCAUCUGCUAUGAGAUCAAGCUGGCAGGGAGCAUGCAGAAGCGGCUGCAUGUUCCGCUCGAGAAUCUGCGGUCGCCGAUUCUGAUGGGGGAGCCGGUUUCCGCGUGGUCCUCGAAGGAUUGCCGCUGGCAUCUCGGCGAGGCGGGUCGAGCAGUCACAGCAGUGGCCUACAAGGUCAUAACGGCAGACCUGGCCAAGAAG